CAACAGUUCCGAAUGUGGAAGCAAAGCUGACUGACGAAGGAGGCAAGGAGGUUGCGCAGCCUAAUACACAACGCAAGCUCUGCGUUCGAAGUCCUACUCUCAUGGUUGGAUACUUAAACAAUCCCGAUGCCACCGAGGCGACCAUUGACCGAGACGGCUGGCUUCGGACGUGAGAUAUCUGUUGUUCGACGCAAAAGCCAACGGGUGGUAUAUUGUUGAUCGGGAAAAGCUGAGAAGCGCUGAAAGUCGAGAUUUCUGCAACUCGAAUUUCUCUAAGACCACAAACUCGCGGGAAUCGAUCAAGGUGCAAAGGUUACAGGUCGCCCUUGCGGAGCUUGAAGGUCGUCUCAUGCUUGGCCACCCGGGGGUAGCGGACGCCGCUGUAGUCGCGGUAAACAGUCGCUCCGGGGCGACGGAGGUUCCUGUGGCAUUUGUCACGCGUAGAGCGGGCGCCUCUCGUGUCCCCAAGGAGCAGGAGAUUAUUAAUCCUUGCACUUCCAGGUAACGUAUUUCACUAGCGAGCGUGACACUGUUCGUAACUUGGACGCGUCAAAAAGCCUCACCUAAUUCAACCACC